GAACUUUUGCCAAGUGUGAAUACAAAGAGUUGGAAACUUCCUCAUGGCCACCCUCUUGAGAAAAAAUUCUCAUACUUUUUCUUUCUCUCGUGCAUUUUAUGCUCCCACAGAUUAAACCAAACGUCAAAUACAGCCUACCGAACUUUCUUCCCUAGCUAUUCUUCUUACUAGCCAAAAAAAUGUCAGCCGGUGACAACUUUUUCAGGCCAUGGCCAAUUUUAUUUCUCUGUUUUUUCAUCUUGAUGAUUUCACCUUCUCAUCAACAAGAUGAACUUCAACUCCUUAUGCAAUUCAAAUCCACUCUGAAAACAACACGAAGUUCACAGCUUUUUGACACGUGGACACCUCAGAAUAGCAUUUGCAACUUCACUGGAAUUAUCUGUGAUUCCACCAGCCAACUGGUUAAGGAAAUCAAUCUGUCUGAACAGAACUUAUCAGGGGUUGUCUCUUUUGAUUCAUUAUGCUCUUUGCAAUCAUUAGAAAAGCUUUCUCUUGGUUCUAACUUCUUGCAUGGUAGAGUCACUGAUCACUUGAAAAACUGUACAAAGUUGCAGUAUUUGGAUUUGGGUAACAAUUCUUUUUCAGGUGAAGUUCCAAAUUUGUCUUCUUUAAGCCAACUGAAGUUCUUGAGUCUCAACAAAAGUGGUGUCUCUGGUUCAUUUCCUUGGAGUUCACUUGGAAAUCUUACUAGCCUAACGUUCUUGAGCUUGGGUGACAAUUUAUUUGACAAGAGUCCAUUCCCUCUUGAAAUUUUGAACCUUGAUAAGUUAUAUUGGAUUUAUCUUACCAAUAGUAGUAUUAAGGGUCAAAUUCCAGAAGGUAUUGGAAAUCUAACUCUCCUCGAAAAUCUUGAGCUUUCAUAUAAUCACUUGUCAGGCAACAUACCUGAUGGAAUAACCAAACUUACCAAGCUUCACCAGCUUGAGCUCUAUGAAAAUGGACUCACUGGACAGUUUCCUGUGGGAUUUGGAAAUCUCAGUAGCCUUGUUAACCUUGACGUUUCAACUAACUAUCUUGAAGGUGAUCUUUCUGAGCUCAAGUCUUUGUCUCUUCUUGAAUCUUUGCAACUGUUUGAAAACCAGUUUUCUGGUGAACUUCCUAUUGAAUUUGGAGAUUUCAAGUUUCUUACAGAACUAUCACUGUACCACAACAUGUUAUCUGGUUCUCUUCCUAAAAACAUUGGAUCAUGGGCAGAAUUUCUGUACAUUGAUGUUUCUGAAAAUUUGUUCACUGGUCCAAUACCACCUGAUAUGUGCAAGAAAGGGAAUUUGACUGAUCUUUUGCUGCUCCAGAACAAGUUCACUGGUGGGAUACCUUCAAACUAUGCUAACUGUUUGACAUUGAAGCGUUUACGGGUUAAUAACAAUUCACUUUCAGGAAUAAUCCCCAGUAGAAUUUGGAGUUUGCCAGAUUUGGGCAUCGUUGAUCUCAGAUCGAAUCUAUUUGAAGGCCCAGUAACAUCAAAUAUUGGCAAAGCAAAGUCUUUAGCACAGUUGUUCCUAGCCAACAACAGGUUCAAUGGUCAAUUACCAGGGACAAUAUCAGAAGUUUCUUCAUUAGUAGCCAUCAAUCUGAGCUCCAAUCAGUUCUCUGGUGAUAUUCCAGAAGCAAUAGGUGAACUUAAUAAGCUAAAUACUCUUCAUUUAGAGUAUAAUUUGUUUUCUGGAAGUCUUCCAGAGUCCAUCGGAUCAUGUGUUUCUCUCAAUGAAAUUAAUCUUGCUGGCAAUUCACUUUCUGGUGCAAUACCCGCAAGUCUUGGCUCUUUGCCCAACUUGAACUCUCUCAAUCUAUCUGAUAACAGUCUCUCAGGUCAAAUUCCAGUGACCCUUUCGACGUUAAGAUUAAGCCUUCUUGAUUUGUCAAACAAUAGGUUGAGUGGUCGCAUACCUGAUUCUUUAUCAAUAAAAGCUUUUGGUAAUAGCUUUUUGGGAAAUCCAGACCUUUGUAGUGAGAAUUUAGGUAGUCUCAGGCCAUGUUCAUCAGAUUCUCACACAUCUAGAGAUCACAGAACCAUCAUGUUGUGCUUGAUAGCUGGAGUGGUUGUUCUGGUUCUCUCAGUUACAUGUUUCGUGUAUGUGAAGUUUAAGCACGAUAAUCAGGAUAUUCCCAUAAAGAGACUUGAUUCUUGGGAUAUCAAACAGUUCCAUGUAUUGAGCUUUAGUGAAGAUCAAGUCUUAAAGGCAUUGAAGCUGGAAAAUUUGAUUGGUUCAGGUGGUUCAGGAAAUGUGUACAGAUUAGUCCUGAAUUGUGGAAAACAGUUAGCUGUGAAACACAUUUUGAAAUCCGAAUCUAGUGAUGAGAAAAGUUACCGGAGCAGCUCAGCCAUACUGGGGAAGGAGAAGGGCAGAUCAAAGGAGUAUGAUGCUGAGGUGACCACGUUAAGUUCCAUUAGGCAUGUCAAUGUUGUCAAAUUGUACUGUAGCAUCACAAGUGAGGACUCAAAUAUGCUGGUUUAUGAAUACUUACCUAAUGGAAGCUUAUGGGAUCGGUUGCACAUGUCUCAGAAAGUCAAGAUGGAUUGGUUGGUGAGAUAUGACAUUGCAUUAGGUGCUGCUCAGGGCCUUGAGUAUCUACAUCAUGGAUAUGACAGACCCGUGAUACACCGGGAUGUCAAGUCUAGCAACAUCUUGUUGGAUGAACAGAUGAAGCCCAAAAUUGCUGAUUUUGGACUAGCCAAGGUCUUGCAUUUCAACAGUACUAAGGACUCUUCUCAUGUUGUAGCAGGGACACAUGGCUACAUUGCUCCUGAGUAUGCUUACACAACCAAGGUGACCGAGAAGAGUGAUGUCUAUAGCUUCGGGGUGGUACUAAUGGAAUUGGUGACUGGAAAGAAGCCAGUGGAUGCAGAGUACGGGGAGAACCAUGACAUAGUUCAGUGGGUAUGUAGCAAGAUAAGAAACAAAACUAGCAUGAUUGACUUCGUGGAUUCAAGCAUUUUGGAAGGGUUCAAAGAAGAUGCUGUUGAGGUUCUUAGAAUUGCAAUUCAUUGCACAGCUAGGACACCAGCAUUAAGGCCAUCCAUGAGGAUGGUAGUUCAUAUGCUAGAAGAGGCUGAGCCUUGUAAGCUGACAAGUGUAGUUGUGAAUUCACCAAAUGAGAAUGCCAGGAACAAGGACUUGCUAACUAAUGGCAAGUCGUGAUGUUGAACUCAAGUUCUUGUUGAGAGCAGAAGAAUUUUGCAGAAUGUUGAACUUUGUUGCAAGCUCAGAAAGAAUCCAUAGUGUACAUAUGACACUCCUGGCAUUAUUAAGUAAUAUAUUUCACAUCCAAAUUACUUAUGGAACUAAGCAGUUAAUUAUAUUUGAUAUGAAUGGACAUGUUCUUAUCAG